AACUCUUCAUCUGAACCGUCCGGCUCACCUAAACUCAAGAUUUCACCAACAACAGCAAAAUAUUAUUUUCAUUUACGCAGCACUUUUUAUUUUAUUAUUAUUUUUGAAAGAAUUCUUUGUACAAAAUUAAGUAAAGUUUAAUUUAAACUUUUCUUGUUUGAGUUUUUUUUUUUUAUCCAAAGAAAAGAGAAGUACUUUUUUUUUUUUUACCUUAUUGUUAUAUAUACUUUACAUUUUUUAAUUGGUUAAUUUUUUUGUUACUUAAAUAAUUACUAACGGACGGUAUUAUUUUAUCUAUUUGUUGUUUUAUAUUUUGUUGUUUGAUUUGAUUAUUUUCGAUGCAGAACUGAGUCAGAUUUUUAUUAUAUAUAUUUUAUUAUUAUUUAACUUCAUUCCCACACACUAACAACGAGUGGUGAUGGCGAGCGCAUGCCUGCAGCUGAGCGGUUUUUUCCUGAGUGUUUUGGGGUGGAUCUGUGUGAUCAUCUCCACCUCCACCAGUGACUGGGUGAUCCUCUGUAAAUACAGCAUGAACACGUGCAGGAAGAUGGACGAGCUCGAGACUAAAGGCCUGUGGGAGCAGUGUGUGAUUUCCACCGCACUUUACCACUGUUACUCCCUCAACCAGAUCCUCGAGCUGCCUGUGUACAUCCAGACAUGCCGUGCAUUGAUGAUCUCCGCAUGUAUCCUUGGUUUACCUGCCGCAGCACUCCUGCUCUCCUCUAUGCCGUGCAUCCAUCUUGGAGAGGAUUCGGUGAACGACAAGAACAAACGCUCAGUCAUCGGAGGAAUUCUGAUGCUCAUAGUGGCAAUGUUCAGUGUGGUGUCCACCGUCUGGUUCCCGGUUGGAGCUCAUCAGGAACUCAGGUUGAUGUCGUUUGGGUUUUCUCUGUACUCCGGCUGGGUGGGCGGGGCUUUGUCUCUCCUGGGGGGCUGCAUCCUCACCUGCUGCUCCAUUGACUCCACCCCCUCAUACCACCAAAAUAACCGUUACUCUUACUACUCUAAACAGAACCCACCCACCAACCAGACUCCGCCCACCAGCAACCACGCCAAGACUGCACAAGUCUGAUGUUUCUACGGUGCUACCCACUGUUUCUCUCUCUCUCUCUCUCUCUCUCAAUUGUAAAUAGAUUUUUGUGUUCAGUUUUUGAUGAUGUAAGCUAAUUAUAUCCAACAUUAACAUCCAGUUUUGUUAAACACGGACUUAUACUAAAGAGA